AUGAGGUUGACCAACUGCAGGACGCUCCGUUUCAAGGAGUUCGUCCAGGACAUCCUGCCCUAUGCGGUUCUGUCGCAUAUGUGGGACAAAGACGAAUUGACAUUCAGCGAUGUGGACGGCGGAAACAGGAUCAGGAUGCAGAAGGUGGGGCUUGGGAAGAUAAUCAGAACGUGUCGGCUCGCGCUGGAGGAGGGCAUCGACUACGCGUGGGUCGACACCUGCUGCAUCGAUAAGUCGAGCAGUGCUGAGCUGUCCGAGGCCAUCAACUCCAUGUUCGCGUGGUAUCGCGACUCGGCUGUCUGUUAUGCCUGGCUGUCUGAUUUCAAGCAGGAGCCGGGCAUGGUCUGGGAGAACAUCAUCGCGUCCUUCGAUGCCCGGGAGGCGCUAGAAGAACGUGCAGGAUUUCACAAUGACCCGCCUCAACUGACCGUCGGGGAGGUCGAGUUCGUCCAUUCAUUCGAUCACCAGAACACUGAUUUCUUGAGUCAAUCAUCGUCAUCAUGUCUACCCCCUCGAAAGCUCGUCUACGCAGAGCUAGGCUCACGUCGCCAAGCUCACAAUGAUCCCCUAAUCCUGGCCGACUGGUUCAUGUAUCUCAAGCACUUCUGUCGAUUUCGAGGCUUGUGGGAGCAGGUCAAUCCAGGUCCAACCAUCCCAGAGGGAGGUCAGACCUUUCGCGAGCAGACGACAGCUCCCCAGCCGAGCACGAGCGUCAGUUUCAGGCUACCUGUCGCUCCUACACUCGAGCGAAUUACCCAGCAAGAGAACGAGCGCCGCGCGAGCGAACGAGAGAGAUUGUACGAGCAGUGGGAGAGUGCUCCAGAGGAUACGCGCGGUGACGAGCCUCCACCAGCCACGAUGGCAACCAAGAACGAGCUGGAGGCUCAGCUCGAGCAGGCGCCUAAAGGCUACCCGGUGCUUGUGGCGGAGAGCUCUUCUUUCCAACUACACGCGACUCAGCCAGGUGUGAAAGUUCAUUGUGAAUACCGUGGAGUCAAGUCUCUGAGCUCCAUCACGACGGAGCUCGAGUACACGGAGCGUGACGCGACCAUUCGGGAGAUCGUCACACUCCUCAGAGACCGCGUAUCUCUUCCACGGAACCCACGAAUCGCAGAGAUCAGAGCCGAAGCCCUGGGAGAGCCAUACAUGCCGCAGGAAGCGCUCGGCAAAUGGCUAGGAGGCAUGCCCCGCCAGCAGGAGCAAGAAUCAGACAUGGAUGGGAGCUUCGCGGUAACGCUCGGAGGCCGCUCACGGGACAAGAAGCCCGGGGAACCAGAAGGUUACACGUGCCCUUGUAUAAAAGAUGGCGGCGCCUCCAAGCGUCACAAAUGGCCCCUUAAGAGCUGUAACAACGUCCAGCUGGCUCUCUAG